ACGUACCGUACAAAAAUCGGAACUUUCAGGCAUUAAUUUGGCAUUGACGUGGUUACAUUUGUACUUGUGGUCAACUUUAGUUAUGGCCUCAAAGCUGUUGGCAGUCUUUUAUUUAUUGGACUUCUUCUUAUGAUGUCAGGCAUUGAACCAAAUCCAGGACCUACGGAGUCAGGAAACACUCAGUCGACGAAGAUUAAGGUAACAGGUAUACCAAAAACAGCAGACGCCGAAAUCAUUACUUUGUUCUUUGAAAACACAAAAAGACAGGGAGGUGGCAAAGUGAAGCAAGUAACAGUUGAUAAUGAUAGAAAUUCAGCUAUUGUCGAAUUUGAGAAAGCAGCAGCUGUUGAUAGAGUGAUGAAACAACAACCUUUCAAAAUACUCAAAACUGAAGUAAACAUUGAAGUAUAUGUUGAAACAAAUGCUACACGAUCAACGAAGAUUAAAGUUUCAGGCCUACCAGACAGUGCAACAGACGAUGUUCUCAUUAUGUUUUUCGAAAAUGAAAGACAAGGUGGCGGUACAGUAAAGAGUGUGACGAUGUAUAGUGACAAACACUGUGCCGUUAUUGAAUUUGAGGAAGCUGAAGGUUCAGAGUUUCUUUUGUAAAAACUAUU